CCCGGUGUCACCUGAGCAGGCGCCCUCGACGCCCCACGGAUGGGCUGGCUGGGGGUCCUGGUGCUGCUGAGCACCCUGGGGCUGUGCCGCAGCCUGCGUCGCCCCCCACCCCAUCAUCCUCACUGCUACGGGGCGGCUGAGCUGGGGGAAGGCGAAGCCCCCCCGCACCUGCUGGGCCGCAGCCUGCGCUGGGACCACCAGGGGCCGGUCCAGUUGGUACCGCACCUGGAGCGGCUGCAGGAACACGGCGGGAGCCACCGACGGCACCGACGGCACCGGGAAGGAGCCUGCCCCGCGCUGCAGCUCCGCGUCGGCCUCCACAGCGAGCACAACGAGCGCUCCAUCUCCCCCUGGCGAUACCGCAUCGACGAGGACGAGAACCGCUACCCACGCAAGUUGGCGUUCGCCGAGUGCCUCUGCAGCGGCUGCGUGGACGUCAAGACGGGGCGGGAGACCACGUCCCUCAACUCGGUAGCCAUCCACCAGACCAUGAUGGUCCUGAGACGGAAACCCUGCCCUCGGACCAGCGCCACGGGGCUCGUCACCUUCGAGGUGGAUUACAUCAGGGUGCCGGUGGGCUGCACCUGCGUCCUGCCCCGCACCGGACACUGAGACCCCCCCGGGCUCUGAGAACCCCCCCGGACACUGAGACCCCCCCGGGCACUGAGAGUCCCACAUCGGGCUUUGAG